AGCGAGUCUGGUGCCCUCCGGCCGUUGUUCGCCCGGACCAACCCACCUCGCCCUGCUCCUAAUCCUCCCAACAUCAUCUUGCGUCCCCGUCGGGCAAGCUGCCUCUCUCCAACCAACAGCGCAGUGCUUGCUCCAGAUGCGUGCGUGAGCCUGGUUUGCUACCGUCCGGCUAUAUAGUAGCAUCUGUCCCCGGACUACGAACCCAGGACGUCAGACAUCGUUGUUAAGCUCAAGGACAAGGUUGUGUAAGACCUCGUUGCAAUACUUGCCAGUAUGCAUUUGCAUCAAGCUUCCGUCUCGCUCCCCUUGUUACUAUGGGCUUCCGGAAUCAGCGCCCUCUCUCCACAUCCUCCCGGAAACCAGGCUUCAAGCGGCCAUGCGGGUCUGGGGGAGCGAGACUCCACAAACGUGCCCGUUUAUGAGACUCCGGAUAUCGGCUUCGUCACGUUCCCUCUGGUCCGGAAAGCUCAGAGUUACAAGAAGAGUCUUGCGGACAGACUCCCGAGGGCUUUCGAUAGUUUGAGUACGAAGUCUGGCCCUGGGGCCUCGAUUCGGCCAGCGCCAGAGGAUCUCAGUCUCCGAAACCGAGCCAACGAGUAUAACGUGGUCCCCGCCAAUAAGCCCACGGUGAGGAAUGCGGUAGGAAUCGACCAAGAUGGAACGGACUUCUCGUACUUUCUGCAAGCUGGUUUCGGCUCCGACGACAAGCCAAUGUACAUGCUUGUCGACACGGGGGCCAGUACCACCUGGGUUAUGGGUUCGGGCUGCACGUCGGAUCCGUGUACUAGGCACAACACAUUUGGACCGAACGACUCCAGGACGUACAGGGACACCGGAGAACCCUACAAUGUCGAGUAUGGGUCGGGGAAGGUUAGCGGACACGUCGUGAUCGACAGCAUAUCCAUCGCCGACCUGCAGGUGACCAUGCCUUUCGGGGUUGCGAACAUUACGUCCAACCAAUUUUCCCAGUUUCCCUUUGAGGGAAUCUUGGGGCUGUCGAUGACCCAGGGAACAUGGCUUACCCACGUCAAGGAGGCCCAGUUGAUCAGCUCUAACGUGUUCGGGAUUGCGCUAUCUAGGAGCUCUGACGGAGCCAACGACGGAGAAAUAGCUUUUGGCGCCCCAAACACAGCCAAGUACACGGGCGACAUAACAUACACGUCCUUGCGGUCCACCGACAGCUGGGCUAUCCCGAUGGACGAUGUGCUGUACGGCGGCGAGCCGGCCGGGGUCAGGGGUCGAGUUGCUUUCAUCGACACUGGCACGACAUUUGUUUUCGGACCGCCGGCCGACGUCAGGGCAUUAUACAGCUUGAUUCCCGGCUCCUCAACCACCGACAACGGCCAGACGUACACAGUCCCGUGCGAUAGCAAUGUCCCAGUCUCCUUCUCCUUCUCCGGCCAGAGAUGGGAUGCCUUGGCGAAGGACUUCACGACGAAGAAGAAUGCAGAUGGGAUCUGCUUUGGUAACAUUUACGGCUUGGAGUUCGUGCCUGGCGCGUGGCUGAUUGGCGAUAUGUUCUUGAAAAAUGUCUACAGCGUCUUCGAUAUGGACCAGAGACGAAUUGGAUUUGCCGCGAGGGCGACCUCAUCAAGCAACAACAACGGAUCGUCACAGGGGACACCGACGCCCUCCAAUGGAUCAAAUGGGGGAGCAUCGACAACAGUCGAGCUGACCAGCCCAACCGGCGGAUCGGUUGGACUUGUUCCCCCGUCCGAGACGUCCACGCCAACGGAUGCCGCAGGGAACAACGAAUCCACCCCAGACCCAGUGGACUCUCCGGGCUCUGCAGGCGUGAGACUGGGGAGCGGCGUUUUAUACGCCUCCUUGCUCUGCAUCGUGUCAGCCAUCACCAUGAUUUUGUGAUAGAUGCGUGCGGACUUUCUCUCUCUACCCGGGGUCCACGGUAUAGAGUAUAUAUACACAGAUGUAUUAUUACAUUAUAUACAUAUCCGAGGCGCAAGCUGCAGCGUCUCG